AACAUCUGCCUCAGCUUCUCUACCGACCGUUGGCAAUCGUAGUUAACGUCAGCCUCAGACCCGAGACCACACAUAGACACUCGGGAAGCCUGUGAACAUCACUACGUCAGACUAUCAGAGUCGCUUGCUGUGCUCCCCAAUCCCCAUCCCCACAGGCAACGCUCGUAGCCUAGCAGCUCUGCCUGCCAUGGCGGACAACCGCAACCUCGCGCCGACUUGGGCCACGAAGGCGGGGUUCGGCCUGCUCACCGCCAACUCGGCGCUCGCCCUCUACCGCUCCGGGGGCGACCUCGCCUCCGUCCUCUUCAUCUCGGCCUCGUACGCCGCCCUGCUGCUCCUCUUCCGCCGCCUCCGCGACUACGAGCGCGCGCCGCCGGGGUCCCCGGCCAGGGAGCGGGCGAGGCGCGCCGUGUGGCCGCUCACCGCGCUGCUCACGCUGGGGUUCGCGUGGAAGGUCGCCGCGGUCAUGCCUUCCGCUGCCGCGGCCGCCGUCGUGUGGGGCCUGGCCGUCGCCACCACCGCCGGCGGCUUCUUCGCUCUGCUGGCCCCGGGCUGAGAAGACGGCACGGAUGCAUCGCCGGGGGGAGGUGGGGCUCCAUCGCCUGCCGUGGUCCCGCCGCCGUCACGCGCAGCGGUUUCCUCUGCUCAGCCAGGCGUCCAUGGAUAAGCUUCCAGAUUCAGACUUCACUACUACUGCUGGCUUUGGCUUGCUCCCUUCUCUGGUAUAUAAGUAGUAUUCCUAGUUUUUCCCUCCACUUCUAUUACUAGUAUUUGCAGCUCUGUGUAUGUAUAUAUAUACUAUGUAUAUACUGCCCUGCUUGUAAAUUUAUGCGACAUCAGCGGCACAAUAAAACGAAAUUGGUCAGCAUGUAGCAUCUGUGGCCACUCUGCCCAGCCCGCUCCCUGCUCACCAUCUGGAUCAGGUCUGUUCUAUCGACCGUUGCCA